GCGCGAGCUCUCCCCCCGCCAGCUGUCCCUCGCGGCCUGGUCGCUGGCGCGGCUGCGGGAGGCGAGCUGGGCCCGGCCCGGCGGGGAGCGGCGUCCAUGGGACGAGAUCUUAGAUGGAGGGCCCGAAAGCCGUGAACAUGCGGGUGUCGGGCUCUUCCUUAGAGGCGACCAACGCACAGAAAAUGCACUUGGACCCGCAGGCCAUCUCCAUGGUCCUCUGGGCCUGCGCAACGCAGCGCGCUGCCGCCGGCACGCUGCCGCGGCACCUGGCGGAUCAGGCCGCGGCGCAGCUGCCCCGCCUCUCCCCGCAAGGGGUAGCGAACGUCCUGUGGGCAUGUGCGCACCUCAGGCUUCAGCGGCCGCCCCUCGCCGCCGCACUCGCCGCGCACCGCACCGGCCUCGUCGCUGGCCUCGGCCUGGCUGGCGUGCCACCGCAGGCGGCCGCGAAUGCGCUGUGGGCGCUUGCGAGGCUGCCCGCUGCCGACGCUGGCGUCCGCGGGCUCUUCGACGAGGUUGCAGAGGCCGCCCUGCGUCGAGCGCCAGAGUGGCGGCCGCAGGAGGCCGCCGCGGUCGCGUGGUCCGUCGCCGUGGCGCGGGCGCGAGGCACGGCGGCGCGAGGCGUGCUGCUGCAAGCCGCGGGGCAGGCCGCCGAGCUCGCCAACUGCGGCGGGGCUGCUGCCAGAGACGAGGCGUCCUGCCGCCUGCUCGCAGGCGCGGCCUGGUCACUGGCAGCGGCUGGGCUGCGGCAAGCACCCCUUUGGGACAGCCUAGCUGCAGCGGCGGUGCGUCUUGCACCCGCGCUCAGCUCCCAGGAGCUGGCAAACACCUCGUGGGCGUUCGUCACAGCAUCCGCCGCCGACGCGCCAGGCUUGCUGCCGGCGCUCGCAUCGGCCGCGCCAGCGCACCUGCCAGAGCUCGCCGGAGCCGAGCUGUCCGCCGUGUCGUGGGCGCUGGCCCCCAGCCGCCACAGGGAUCCGCCCUGGCUUGGUGCGCUCGGCACCGUGAUCGCCAAAGACGCCGGCCAGCUCGAGCUGCACAGGCUUGCGUCCUUGGCGUGGUCCUGGGCGACGACGGAAGGCGAUCCCGAGCUGCUCUCCACCCACGUGCUGCCUGCCGCGCAGGCGCACGUUCGGCGGCUCAGUGGGCCAGGUUGCGCGCCAGCUGGGGCGGCCGCGGAGGAGGCGGUGCUGCAGCUGGCGUGGUCCUUCUCCCCGCUGGGCGUCAGCGACGAGCACUUCCUGGCAGACGCAGAGGCGCUGCUCAGGAAGGCCGGGCGCGAGCGCGAUCGCCGCGCCAGGAGUGCAGCCGAGGAGGCGGCCAGGGCAGCAGGGGCGCGGCCCGCGUGCGCCCCGGCGGAUGACGCCCCCGCGGUGGUCCACGUGUGGCAGGACGUCGCCUUCGUGCACAAGCCGCCCGGCUGGGAGGUGGACGGCGGGGCAGACGCCGGCACCGCGCUCACGGCCCCGCGCCGCGGCGUGCGCAGGCCGUCUUUAUGCCAUUGUUUGCUUCCCUGCCAUCGUCCGCGACGCGGCCGCGGGCUUCGGCCUCAUGGGGCGGCUCGACGUGCCGUCGUCCGGGCUGGUGCUGUGCGCGCUCUCGCACGAGGCCCAGCGCGUGCUGCGCCUCUGGCAGGACGCGCGCGCCGUCGAGCGGGAGUACGUCGCGCUCUGCCACGGGCACCUCCAGCAGGGGCUCGGCCGCAUCGACACGCCGCUGAGGGCGUCGCCGGGCGCGGCCACCGAGGCGCGGGCCGACGGUCUGCCCGCCCUCACGCUGGCGGCGCCCUGCGCCUGGCUGCGGGGCGCGGCCCAGGGCUUCGAGGGGGAGCCCUACAGCCUGGUGGUCAUCUCCAUAGCCUCGGGGCGGAAGCACCAGGUGCGGUGCCACCUCGCGUCCCUGGGGCACCCCGUGGUGUGCGACGCGCGGUACGCGCCCGGCAGCUUCCCCCGCGACCGCAGCUGGUGCCCCAGGAACUUCCUGCACAGGUACCGGCUGGGGCUCCCCCGCGCGGGCCGCGACGGCGGCCGCGCCGAGGCCGCGGCUCGGCUGCCCGACGACCUCCGCGGCGCCUUGCGCGCACUGCGUGCGGCGGCGGCCGAGG